AUGCAUCUCGUCAGCCUUAAUGACAGGGUCUUGCUUUCGAAAGUCAAGAGUCUUACCCUCCGAACUGACGAGUGGACCUCCCAUCGCCGCGUCGAAGCUAUACCGCAACUAACGUGCGUCGGCGGGGGUGCCUGCAGCCUCUACAAUGUGGACGUCAUGCGAUGCGAGAAUUCCGGCUCCGGCUUCGACAACGAGGACAUCCAAUGGACUUGCAAGGCAUCAUUACCUCCCGAGUUCAAGCUCGGCAGCACGGACGUGAUUUGCGAGGGUUACAAUUCGCCAGACGACCCGUACGUGUUGAAGGGAAGCUGUGGGGUGGAGUAUAGGCUUGUCCUCACAGACUUGGGAGAGGAAAAGUAUGGGAAGGGAAGAUCGUCAUCGAGGCGUCCUAAGAACGACGAAGACUACGAAUUCUUUGGCCGGAAGGGCGCCACGUAUGCUAAUAUGUUCUUCAAUGUGCUAUUCUGGGGUGUGUUUCUAUUGGUGGUCGGCAUAUUCGUCUAUCGCAUCUUUAUUGAGCCGAAUCUUCACCGACGACCCGGUGGCAAUGGUCCUCUGGGCUGGCUCGGUGGUGGCGGAGGUGGUGGAUGCGGUGGCGGUGGCGGUCCGAGUGAUGACAAUGAUGAUCCACCGCCGCCGUACAUGCCGAGGGCGCCGAAGUCAGCGUCUUCGUAUCGUGCUAAUCGUGCGCCAACGACCAAUUUCCAGUCAUCGACGCAAGGAACAAACAACGCUUGGCGGCCUGGUUUCUGGACUGGUGCUGCAGCCGGUGCUGCAGGAAGCUAUGCAGCAAACUCAUGGAUGAACAGUCGGAACGCCCAGCGUUCGGCGGCUGAUAGGGUGCUCAACAGCUACCCAUCAGACGCAGAACCCGGUCCGUCCAGGCGUCCACCCCCGUCUCCAAGCUGGUUUGAUUCGACGCCCCGAGGCGGGAGCGGUUCGUACUAUGGCGGCGGACCCUCUAACUUUGGGGGCAGCUUUCCGCCGCCGAGCAGCAGUAGGAAUGAGUCCACCGGUUUUGGCGGGACGCGACGUAGGUAG